AUGCAACUAAACACUGUAGCUAAGCACAGUGAAAUGACAAAACUGCCCUCUCUUUUUACUGUUUUGCAAACUCAUUUUUCUCAUCAGCACAGUGAAAUCACGUUUUUGCCCUUGGGCAAUGAUGUAAGAGGCUGGUCUAUUGUUGGAGAUUAUUUGGAGGCUUCGAUUUUUAUAGGAGUGGCGUGCGUUGAUCUUCUUCUUCGGAUCGAACUCCAGCUUUCUCUCACUGAUCUUGAUGACGAGAAAGAACUCAGAAAAUUGCUAGGGACUGGAAUGGAUACGCAGGAUGCAUCUCCUUCAAUGUUGCUGUUCUUUGACAAGCAAAGAUUUAUAUUUAAUGCUGGAGAGAGAUUGCAACGGUUCUGCACAGAGCAUAAGAUUAAGUUAUCAAAGGUAUAA